AUGCAAGUGCCUGUCAAUCUACCCAAAGCCUCCAAAUCUAAGGCGGAACUGAGGCGUGAACGUCGUGAAUUGCAGGAGGCUCAGCGCGCAGCAAAAAUGGCUGCCAAAGCAGCGAAGGUAAAAAGUGUUGUGGCAACUUCUACUUCCGACCUUCAGCCUGAUGGAAGUACAAAGUCAUUAGGCGACCAAGCAAGACAACAACUGCAGAAACAGCAACAGCAAAGUGCGAACAAACCCGAGACCCUUCUUGUCCUGCAGGAGAAGAAUGCUAGCUCUCAGGCUUCUCUCAAUCAACAAAAGAUUCCCUCUUCAGAGGGGUUUGCGCCGGAAAGUCAGCUAUCGAUCACCAUUCAGCCGUCUACACCGAAUAAGCCUCAAGUAGCUACGAGCGCAUCUGCAGUCAGUGGCGGUCAACAGGCUCUUGGUGUUAUGCGAAUGGACGACCCUGCUCAUCUGAAAAAGUCUGUACGCCAGCUUCACAAGAAAAAGCUGCAGCCAAGACCGCAGGAGCCAGUGCGAGUCAACCUCUUCUGUCACCUUAGUCAGCCCGAUAAGCGAGUUAACGUGCUCGGUCAGCACAAACUGGGUAAAAUCUCCUCCAUUCAUCCCUUCUUUCUGCGACUGGGUCUGGAGUUGGACGAGGGUCGGGUGGCAGGUUCAAACAGGCGGUGUUUAGAGUUCUUGAGAGCCACAGUGGCAUUGAUCCUCAACUUCAAUUGGGAGGACGUUCCAGGAAUUGGCGGGAGUCUGGCUAGAGGCUUUCACACUUACUUCGACCGUCAUGUCACCUUUUUGGAUCAGUGUCGGCCACUAUCUGUCACUGUGCGUAGCGCCGUGCAGUAUAUUAAGAUCAUCCUGCAUCGACUGGAUGGUGUUGAUUCGCCUGAAGAGAUGAAGAGUCAGCUCUUGGAUGCAGUGGGCAGUUUCAUGGAUGAACGGGUUCAUCUUGCUGAUCAAGCAAUAGCUAACCUGGUGGCGGAGUCAGUCCCUCCUGGUGGAGUUGUGUGCGUGUUUGGAGAAUCUACGGUGGUGGCAAAGGCCCUUCAGGUUACGUGGGAAACACGUCAUCACAAUUUCACAGUUCUUGUGGUCGAUUGUCGGCCUCGUUGCGAGGGCCGGCGGAUGUUCCUUCGUCUUCGGAAAAUUGGGAUUCCCUGUGAAAUUGUUCACAUUGCUGCCUUGCCCAUGGUUGUUCCCAAGGUCUCUUUGACUUUAUUGGGAGCGCAUAGUCUUCUGAGCAAUGGUUAUGUUAUCGCAACCAUGGGGACAGCCCACGUGGCAAACAUAGUUGCAUCAGUUGCGCACACUCCGGUUAUGGUGUGUGCAGAGACUUAUAAGUUCUGGGAGCGUGCCCAGUCUGACGCCUUUGAAUUCAAUGAGCUUGGCGACCCCGACGAGAUUUGGCGCGGGCCGCGCGGCACCACCGAAGACUGGCGAGUUCCCAAAGACCCCGACUUGGUAGUGGCCAAGACCACUCACCCAGAGGCUUGGCGCGAGCUCUCUCAACGGACUGAAGGGUUGAAGAAUCUGCGCCUCCUUAACCUCGUAUACGAUGUCAUUCCGCCUGAACUUGUCUCCGCGGUUAUCACAGAGCUGGGUAUCCUGCCGACAACCUCAGUACCUGUUGUGCUACGAGUCAAGCAAGCGUCAAUUGAGGCCACUAACUCAUUUGUAUCGAACUGGUGA